AUGUCCAGUCAAGUUCUGGGAAUUUUGCGCAACGGAGCCCCCCCCGCCGGCGGGCCCCGGGGCGGGCGGGCGGGCGGGGCUGGCCCGAAGGGGCGCAACACGAGGCUCCGACCCAACGUCUGGCCGGAGCCCGCGGCCCGGAGGGGAGGCCCGGGAGGGGACCCCGCGCUCCCGCGGAGCGGACCCAGCCCCAGCGCGGGGGCGCCCUCGGCGGCCCCGGAUCUCGGGUCUCUGGGACCCCCGAAAGCGCGACCCCGGCCCCGCGGCCCCAGGACCCGGAGCGCCGGCCGCGCGGGCUCGCCCGGACCCCUCCAGCGCCCCCUCUCUCCCCAGGCCCGCGGCGGCGGGGAAUGCGGCGCGCGCCCCCACAGCGCCGGCCCCGCGCAGGGAGGGCGCGCCCCGCCGCCGGCCCCCGACUCCCGCCUGCGCGGCGCAGAUAAGGAGCCGAGCGCAGGAGCCCCGCGGGCGCCGCCACGACUGCGCGGGGGUCCCCGGCCGCGGACGCCGAGGGUCGACGUGAUGGAUGCAGCCCCCGCCCCCCCGGGGCUGCUCCCCCGGCCCUGCCGCGUGCUGGUGCUGCUGAACCCCCGCGGCGGCAAGGGCAAGGCCCUGCAGCUCUUCCGGAGCCACGUGCAGCCCCUGCUGGCCCAGGCCGAGGUCUCCUUCUCGCUGGUGCUCACUGAGCGCAGGAACCACGCCAGGGAGUUUGUGCGCGGCGAGGAGCUGAGCCGCUGGGACGCGCUGGUGGUCAUGUCCGGGGACGGGCUGAUGCACGAGGUGGUGAAUGGGCUCAUGGAGCGGCCUGACUGGCAGCUGGCCAUCCAGAAGCCCCUGUGUAGCCUCCCCGCUGGCUCUGGCAACGCGCUGGCAGCUUCUUUGAAUCACUAUGCUGGCAACGAGCAGGUGACCAACGAAGACCUCCUGACCAACUGCACGCUGCUGCUGUGCCGCCGGCUGCUGGCGCCCGUGGACCUGCUGUCCCUGCAGAUGGCCUCGGGCCUGCGUCUGUUCUCCGUGCUCAGCCUGGCGUGGGGCUUCAUUGCUGACGUGGACCUGGAGAGCGAGAAGUACCGGCGCCUGGGGGAGAUGCGCUUCACUCUGGGCACCUUCCUGCGCCUGGCCGCCCUGCGCAUCUACCAGGGCCGACUGGCCUACCUCUCGGCAGAAAGCGGGGUCCCCAAGAUGCCCACCUCGGCCGCCCCGGGCAGGCAGGGCCAGCAGGGCCCUGUGGACGGCCACCUCGUGCCCCUGGGGGAGCCGGUGCCUUCGCACUGGACGGUGGUGCCAGAACAGGACUUCGUGCUGGUGCUGGCGUUGCUGCACUCACACCUGGGCAGUGAGAUGUUUGCGGCACCCAUGGGCCGCUGUGCGGCGGGCACCAUGCACCUGUUCUACGUGCGGGCUGGCGUGUCUCGGGCCAUGCUGCUGCGCCUCUUCCUGGCCAUGGAGAAGGGCAAGCACAUGGAGUGCGACUGCCCCUACUUGGUGUACGUGCCUGUGGUUGCCUUCCGCCUGGAGCCCAAGGAUGGGAAGGGUGUGUUUGCCGUGGACGGGGAGCUGAUGGUCACCGAGGCUGUGCAGGGCCAGGUGCACGCGGACUACCUCUGGAUGGUCAGUGGCUGCGUGCAGCCCCCACCCAGCCGGCAGCCUCAGAAGCCCCGUCCCGGGGAGCCGUUGUGACUCCGAGGGCCUCGCUGUGCCUCUCUCUGUAGCUCGGGCUACUCUGAACCAGGACCCUCCCACUUUCUGGACUGGGGGGCCUGCCCACGGCUCACGUGACAUGCAGGACUCCCGGAGGAGGGAAAAUGGACACCCUUUGAAGGACGGGCCCUGCACACCAAAGGCCAGAAUCAGGCCCUGGGCCAGAAGCCUGGCUGGCUGGCGGCUGCCCAGGGGAGGCAUUCCUUUGUUCUGGGAGCCCCACCCCAUGAAUCAGAUCCAAAUAAAGUGACAUUCCCAGCCUGCCGCUCUUAUCCGGGGUGGGGGAGGAGGGGGAACUUGCUCCUCCCAGGUUCUAGAACUCAACUGUAAGGAUGCCCAGUGGUGCCUCCUGAAUUGGAUGAUGUGUGGCACCGGCUUCUGGAAGGGAUCCGUGGCCGUGAGGAGGCGGUGCCCUGGCCCAGCCGCCCCACCUUUGGCCCCGGAGAAGCCGAAGAACUUGGCCCGCUGCCUCCCCCACACGUGGGAAGACUGAGGCUUGAAGACUCUCACCCAGAGGCCAGUCUCGGCGACAAGGAACAGUGUCCGAGCGAGUGGCCCUGGGUACACGGACAAGGAGCAAGUCAGACGGGCAGGCAGCUGUUCCCGAGUCUGCUGUCCUCCAGGGAGGCCUCUAGGGCUCCCCCCGUCCAGUCGCUGCUGCCCUGCCCCGCCCUGCCCUUACAGGGGAGCGCUGGCCAUGAGUUAGAAGUAGAGCGCCCCUAACUGGGCACCUGUUCUGGGGAGAGCCAGCCAGCCAAGUGCUGGCGUGCCGGAUCCCCCUGUAUCUGGGAGGGGCUGUGCUGGGCACUCGGCCCGGGGGCCACAGCUGCUGCGGGCAGAGCCUCGUGAGGGGAACCGAGGCCCUCUUCUCCAGCUGAGCUGCAGAAGGCCUGGGACCAGCCUGGAAGGAGGAGUGGCUGCCCAGGCCCGGCCCCAGGGUCUCUCCCCUGGGGAGAGGGGUGCGGUGCCCAGAGAGGAAGAAAGGCCACGGAGCCCAGAUGAAUGGCAGAGGCAGGUUUAAUGGUGCCACCUUGUCUUUUUGUACAUUGUAAUGAGCCAAACCAAAAAAAAAAAAAAAAAAAAAAAAAAAAAAAAUGCAAGUAAAAAAAAAGUCGAAUCACACAGCACUUUAUACAGACGUCGGAAGCAGUGGGC